UCUGCUGUACGUUCAGAUCGAAGUCUACCCAGGCUCAAGUUCAAUUCAAGCUCUAUUCAAUUUCGUUUUUGGUUUAGCAAGGUGCGCAGGUCGAUUCUCCUGAAAAUGGCGGACAAAUAUGCCAAAGAGACGGCGGAGGAGUUUUCCUCCCGAAUUUUUGACAUGCUGAGCGGAGCAUUCACUGGGAUUUCGAUUGCAUUUGGGGUCAAGAGCGGUCUUUUUAAAGUCUUGGUCGAUCACCACGACACACCAAUGACUUCACAGGAAAUAGCUGAUGUAGCUGGCCUAAAGGAGAGGUAUGUUCGGGAGUGGUUGGGCGUGAUGACCACGGCCUUCAUCGUCGAUCUCGACCCUGUGACAGAGAAAUAUCAUCUACCACCUCAUCGUGUAGACAGCUUUCGGUCAGGAACUAUGGAAGGCCAGGCCGCUGAUUGCUGCAUUGGGAUACCUGUCGUCAGUGACGUCUUCCGCACGAUGCUUAAAGUCAUUAAAAAGGACGGACCACGAGGAAUGGAAUUUUCGAUGGCGCCAAACUACCAUGAAUUCAACGAUAGUUACGGCUUACCGUGGUUCAAUCACUGUUUCGUCCAGGACUUUAUUCCAUCCCAACCGGAGAUCAAGUCAAAAUUAGAGAGUGGAAUUCGGAUGCUUGACGUCGGCUGCGGUCACGGUGCUGCGAUCAAAAAGCUCGCCGAAAGUUUCCCAAACAGUCAUUUUGUAGGUCUUGAUGUUGAUCAAAAUACAGUUGAUUGGUCAAACAAAGAAGCUGAAUCAUCAGCACUAAAGAACCUGGAGUACGUCUGCAGCGACGCCACUGCGAUGCCUAAGGACUGGACCUCGUCGUUCGAUUACGUUUUCUUCUUUAAUCUCCUUCAUGAUACACCACGACCAGACCUGAUCAUUGACGAGGCCAAGAGAGUGAUGAAGAAGUCAGGAAUCAUAUCUGUGAUUGAGAUGGAUGGCAAAUCGAAGCAAUGCGAAAACCUUGAUAACCCUAGUGCUUCGUUCAACUACACCGACAGCUUAUUCUACUGUCUACCCAUGUCCUACAACAACCCUGAUUCCGUGGCCCUUGGUGCUAUGUGGGGCAAGGACCGCAUACGAGAGUUUCUGGAACGGAAAGGUCUCAAAAUCAAAGAUGAAAGCAUUCUUCCUAUGAUGCCGCAGGUUCACUUCCUGUCAGAAUUGAUGUAAAUCACACAACUGGAAUAUAGGCCCUACAGUGAACUGGUUUACAAAAUGGUUGACAGUCAUAAAAGCAAAUAAUUACUUUUGUUGAAAGCUACAUGCGGAAACUUUCAUUUUUUUCAAGGCGAAUGGA